UAGAUUCGUUGCAAGUUUUUCUAUAUUUAGUAAAUUUUCUCAUGUUCCAGUCCCUUAUAAAUACUGAGCCAUCCGAAUUCAAACUCCAUAUUGCCUACCCCAUUCCUUGGAUGCUCUUCUAAGUCUUCUUGCAGAGCAGUAUUCUUCCUCCCCAAUAAUCCAAUGGCCAGUGUAAUUUGCAAACUCGACCGUAGUUUGGGGUCUAUUGCGAUCGUCCUUCUUAUUGGCCUAGUUUGUGAAGCUAGGUUGAUUCCAACGAACAAUGGAGGGUUCAUUGGAACCAAGGGAACCGAUUUUGUUCUCAAUGGGUCACCUUUUUACUUUAAUGGGUUCAAUGCCUACUGGAUGAUGCAUGUUGCCGCUCAAUCCUCAGAGAGGAGCAAAGUCACACAAGUCUUCCAUGACGCCGCAGCCGCCGGUCUUACUAUAUGCCGGACUUGGGCUUUCAGUGAUGGUGGUGAUCAAGCUCUGCAGAUAUCACCCGGUGUUUAUGAUGAACCUGUCUUUCAGGCACUUGAUUUUGUUAUUUCUGAAGCACAAAAGUAUAGGAUCCGAUUGAUUUUGAGUUUUAUUAACAAUUACAAUGACUUUGGAGGGCGAGAACAAUAUGUUCAGUGGGCUCAAAAUGCAGGAAUCCAAAUUAACAAUGAAGAUGAUUUUUACACACAUCCUAUUUUAAAAGGAUAUUACAAGAAUCAUGUGAAGAGAGUUAUAACUAGGUUAAAUACUAUAACAAAAACUAUUUAUCGAGAUGAUCCAACUAUCAUGGCAUGGGAACUCAUAAAUGAGCCUCGUUCCAAGAGCGAUUACUCAGGAAAGACAAUUAAUGAUUGGGUUGGGGAGAUGGCAGCAUAUGUAAAGUCUAUUGACAACAAACACUUAUUGGAAGUUGGAAUGGAAGGCUUCUAUGGUGACUCCAUGCCUGAUAGGAAGCAAUUUAAUCCUGGUUAUCAAGUGGGCACCGAUUUCAUUACUAACAAUCUUAUCAGUGACAUAGAUUUCUCUACUAUACAUGCAUAUCCCGAUAUAUGGUUGUCGGGGCAAAAUGAUGAGUCGCAAAUGGCAUUCAUGGACAAAUGGGUGGAAAGUCAUUGGACAGACUCUAGAACAAUAUUAAAAAAGCCAAUGGUGAUCGCAGAGUUUGGCAAGUCUAGUAAAGAUCCUGGAUAUAGUAUCCAUGGAAGAGACUCAUACAUGAACACUGUGUAUGGGACCAUUGAUAACUUAGCCAAGAAAGGCGGGACGAUCAGCGGGACCCUAGUUUGGCAACUCAUGGCAUCGGGAAUGGAACCAUAUCAUGAUGGGUAUGAAAUAAUUCUAUCAGAAAAUCUCUCCACCGAAGAAGUCAUUUCUAGACAGUCUAAUCAGAUGGCCGGCUUGUCUCAUUAAAUUUGAUGGUGACGAUGAAGAGGGCAACAAAUUCUUGAGCCAAGCCAAUGGUUUGAGUGAUCCUGAUUCACAAGGAAAAAGAAAGCCAUGAUCCGAGUGCCUUAACGUAUAAGCUUGAUUCAGUGAUAUCAUAAUUAAUCAUCCUUUGUCGCUUUAUGUAACCAGUUCGGAUUUUCAUGUCCCUAAUGCAUUUAAUCAGUAUCUGUUUCUAGCC